AUGAGUAAAAUUCAAGUAAAAUUAUAUCAAUUGCAGAACAAAAAUAGAAAUGAAAUUUCAACACCAGAACAUGGUCCAUUAUCAUCUUCAGUAGAACCACGACGUGAUUCAUCUUUAUUUUUAGUCUUUUCGCUGAAGUAAAAUAUCGAUGUGUACUAUAUUCUCCAACAUGUUUUCGCUCGUGUCAGAU